AUGGAUCGAUCCCGUCGACAACCCUUCAUUCCACCUCUAAACAACCGGGACGGCCCUCAGGAUCCUCGAAAAUCCAAACUACUGCCUGCUAAUGCCGCGUUGACGAGGAGUGGUAAGAAACAGCCCGGAACGUGGAGUGAGGCUGAUAAGAUGAAACAUAUUCUUGGUGAUUCAGCAGCGACUUCAUCAGUGGAAACGGCCACGGCUGAGGAGAAGAGGGAGGAUGAGGAUCCCAAGUGGAGCCAGAGCGGUAGCCAGAGAGGCAGUCAGAAAGCCAAAGGUUUCGGUGCGAAGCGGACAUACCUCCACACCGACGGAUCAAGAACGGCGCUGAAUGCUGCCCAUGCCAGGUCGAUAGGACAACAAGUGGAAGCGGAGGACCUGGACGAUGUCGACGAGGACGAACCGUCCAAGAGUACGACACCAAAACUCAAACUCCCCUCACCACAACGAAAACGACCAGCGCCCACGCCCAUUUCCAUCCCAACAAACGCCCCUAUUGCCGCGCGAGUACGUACUUCCCCAUCACGAGCCGCGUCCCCGCCAAGGAAACUCCAAAUCGAACAAGUCCUCGGCAUAAAGAUCCCUCCCAAGCACCUCCCAACAACAACGAGCCCAUCAAAGAAACUCAAACUCCCACCACGAGCACCAUCCCCACCCCUCCCAACCCUCAUCAUCCCCAAAGCCGGCCCAUCCUUCCAGCGCUCCCUCGAAGUCAAAUCCAGCCCCCCACCAAGCUCACCCUCCCAACUUAAACUCUGCCCGCUCUGCUCUGAACAACUCCCCGAAGACCUCCAAUCGAAAGUGGUGAAGGGCAUCUCAGUGAAGGAAAUGUACCGCAUCCACCGUACCCAUCGCGCACAAUCAACCAUCUCCUCCGGCCUCAAAAAAGGAUACCCCGAACACAUUGCUUGGUCCGGUCUCCGCGCAAAUCUCAACCGCCUCCUUCCCGAUCUCCGUGCAAUCCUCGCAGGUAAUCUAUACUCCUCAUUCAUGUCCGACGCCAAAACAGCCUCAAAACCAGCAUCCCAGGAAGGAGGGAGGGGGAGGGGGAGUGGAAGUAAAUUACGAAACCAACAAUCCCUCGCCCUCCUCGCAACCGACUUCGAAUCAAACCUCCCAGGGUACUACGGCCCGCACGGCGCCCGCGUAAUCGCCUCUCACCUCCUCACCCACCUCGCCCCCGAAAUCCGGUCCACCCUCGAUUCUGAUCCUAAUUUAGCAGCGAUGGGAUUGAGUUUGUUUACGCAAUCCGUGUUGGUGCCGGAAGCUGGUGUGCGACUCAUUAUGGAAGAUCGAGGGUGUGGGUGUGGGUGGGAGGAGGCGAGGGAGGUUAUGAGGGAGAGUGUGGAGUUUGGGGAUUUGGUGCAUGGGGAGAAAGAUGGGAUUGAGGAGGGGGAGUGGGAUGAGAGUUUUGAUGUUAGUAUGGCUGUUGAGGAGGAGGGGGAGGGAGAGGGGGAUGGGAGUUAUGAUGCGGGGAGUGUGUUGGAUGAUGAGUUUGGGGAGGGGAGGUGGACGCAGACGCAGACGCAGAAACCGAAGGGGGAGGAGAGGGUGGAAGGGGAGAGGACUAUCUUUGUUUUGAGUGAUUAG